AUGUACGCCAUCUCCUUAGCAGCAUUCGUGUUGCCAUAUUUCAUCGCAACACCCCUGAUCACAUAUUACUACGACGCAAAAGGAUUGAGAAAGUAUCCCAACUUCACCUUCUUUUCUGUCCUACGAAUCGGUCCAAAUGCUCUUUCUAUCUCGGAUCUACGAGAUAUCAAGGAUAUCUACGGGCAUGGCACGACGUGUAUCAAGGAUCGAUUCUACUCCGAAACAGCGGGCACACACGCCCAUCUUGCAGAUGUCGUGGACAAAAGUGACCACGCUCGGAAGAGAAAAGUCCUGUCCAGUGCGUAUGCAUUGAAGAAUCUGGAGGAGUGGGAGUUCAAAGUUGCCGACGUUACUGGAAAGCUCAUCAAAGCAUUCGAUCCUCGAUGUACCGGUUCUUUGUCGCCAGGCACGAUACCGGAAACAAAAGAUCUGACUGUGGACUAUCGCAACUGGACUGUGUUAUUCGCCGCCACGGCAAUCGCAAAUAUCGGCCUUAGCGAAGACCUGGGUCUCUUGGAUGAGGGUUCCGAUCAGGACUGCCAUGUCGCUACUGCCCGUGUGUCGUACCAGCUAGUCUGGGUGUAUGACCGGUUCAAGACCUUGAAGCGAGUCAGUCAACUCAUCUCGCCGAAUUAUCAGCGGAUGUGGAAGUUGGACGGUGACUGGGGCGGUAUCGUCUAUAACCGUGCCACUACUCGUUUGAAGCGGUACAUGGCUGGUGAGGAACUCGAUGACUUUUUUACUGCCAUGAUGGAAGAUAAGAAUGGGGCACCGCAAAACCUAGAAUGGGGCGAGAUCGUUGCCGAGAUCAACAUCAUGAUGAACGCUGGCCACGACACAACGGCGAUUUCGCUACGCAAUAACUUGACCAAGUCCCUCAACGAAGAUGAAGUCGUCGCAUCCUAUGGAAAGAUCAAGCACCUACCCUACCUGCGUGCCUGUAUCGACGAAAGUCUCCGGAUGCUGCCACCCGUGAUCUUUGGUCUUCCUCGUCGAACACCACUGGAGGGUGCACUAAUCCUUGAUGACUUCAUCGCCGGCGAUAUUUCAGUCAGUAUGUCUGCUACGGGCGCUCGAGAUUGUAUUGGCCGAAGUAUCAGCUAUCUCGAGCAGACUGUUUUGAUUGCUUCGCUGGUGCAUCAUUAUGAGUUUGCCUUGCCAUCGGCCGACUGGGAUCCCGCGGUUCGUGAGACUACGAACCUGAGCUGGUCCGAUGCCACUGAAGAUAUGGAAAAGGAUGAUCGUAUGAGAUGA